AGGAGACACCCAGACGAGUAGUGACAUUAUUUACAAGAGAGUUGGUGUCCCUGCACCCACGAGUCACUAUUCCUGUCAACCGACAAUCAUCCAGGGUCCUUCUGUUACAUCGAGUUGCCAUUUUGUUAGGCUCAACUCCACAACAAAUGUUUACCUUGUGCUUUAGAAAUUAGGUUCAAUCUACACAUUUACAGGAGACACAGUGGGAUUUAUUUGUUGCAUGAAAGAAAAUGUUUUAGGCGUCUUUCUCUGCAGAAUGUCGAAAUGCUACAUGUGUAGUUAGUGUUUUGACCAAUCAGUUGUAGAGCCUCGGUAGAGGGGUAUAAAUGUGAGGCGGUUGCCGUAGAAACGUGCCACUGAAGAGUUGAACGCAAGAGCCCGUGAUAAUCGUAAGGUAAUGCUAGCGCGGUAAUUCGUAGUAAAUGCCAUAUUUACCAAACGUGAAUUAAUGUUAUGGAAAACGUGUGAUGAACACCAAAUUGCUGCAAAGCAUUCAACAUACUUUUUCCCUCUUCAUGGCCUUCAGACAAAACAAUGUCUGGUGUAAAAGUCUGUCCCACUGUGAACGGAAACCCCCCUCCCCCGGAGGUCAUAAACCCUAAGAACCCUGGACGUGACACCAACCAGCUGCAGUACCUGGAGAAGGUGGUGAUCAAAGCCUUAUGGAAGCAUAACUUCUCAUGGCCCUUUCGCCAGCCUGUGGAUGCUGUGGCACUGGGUCUGCCGGAUUAUUAUACAAUCAUCACAAAGCCUAUGGAUCUGACCACUAUAGAAAAGCGUCUCGAGAACAAAUACUACUGUGGAGCACUUGACUGUGUACAAGACUUCAACAACAUGUUCACCAACUGCUAUAUGUACAAUCGGCCUGGAGAUGACAUUGUUUUUAUGGCACAGACCCUAGAGAAGCUUUUUCUGCAGAAACUGUCCGACAUGCCUAAAGAAGAGUUUGAACUUACAGCAAACAAUACAAAGGAACCAGUGAAGGGGAGGAAGACACAUACAGGUUCAGUAAAGCACAGAUCCCUUAUGUCAGAAGUUGUUCUCCAGCAGACUGUGACAGUCAUUCCAACUGAUGUGCCUAAAUGUAUCCCACCCAACCAGCUCUCUCUACAAAUUGAUCCCACAGUAAAAAAAGGUUUUAAAAGGAAAGCAGAUCCCACAUCCUCCACCACCUCCGUCAUCUGCCGCAGGGAGGAAUCCCUCUCUGAGAAACAUUCAGCACCGUGUGCGUUAUUGUCCAGGAGAGGCAGUGGAAGGCCCAUCAAACCUCCGAAGAAGAGAGACUUACCUGCCUGUGAGAGCAAGGUGCGCCUGUCUGAGCAGCUGAGGUUCUGUAACGACAUGCUGAAGGAGAUGCUGUCCAAGAGACACUAUGCCUACGCCUGGCCCUUUUACACUCCUGUUGAUGCUGUGUCUCUGGGCCUGCAUGACUACCAUGACAUCAUCAAGCAGCCUAUGGACCUCGGCAACAUCAGGAAAAAAAUGGAUCAAAGGGAGUAUGAAAACGCAAAGGAAUAUGCCGCUGAUGUUCGCCUGAUGUUCUCCAACUGUUACAAAUACAAUCCACCGUCACACGAGGUGGUUUACAUGGCAAGAAAACUGCAGGACGUCUUUGAGGCCCGAUAUCUGAAGGUUCCCGAAGGAGCAGAUGUUUGUCCCAUACCUCGUCAGCAACUCGACAAAGGAAAGGCAGAGCGAGUUGGAAGUGUGUCAACAUCAGCCAGCUCUAAAAGCGACAGUUCCUCAGAGGCAGAGAGUUCCUCAGGAGGGGUGUCGGUUCAGCUGGCCAAUCUAGAGGAACAGUUGGAAGCUGUCCGCGAUGAGCUGAAGAGACUUGCCCAAGAGCCUGUGAUGAAACAUAAGAAGAAAGCAAAGUUGAAAAAAGAAAAAAAAGCCAAAGAAAAGGAUAUCGCUAGAUUAAAGCACAUAUCCUCGAAAUACAAAUCUAUGGUAGAAAAACUGGCCAACCGCAAAAGCUCUACUUUGCAUGGCAACAGACACAAUAUUCAUGGAGUACCUUUAACGUGUGAGGAUGAGGUCCCAUCAAUUCCAGUGACUUACCAGGAGAAGAGGCAGCUGAAAUCGGACGUGGACAAGCUGCCUGGUGACAAACUGGGCAAGUUGGUGAAGAUAAUCCAUGCCAGGGAGAACUGCCUGCAAGACUCUUCUCUGGAGGAGAUUGAAGUUGACUUUGAAAUGCUCAAGCCUUCCACGCUGAGGGCCCUGCAGAGGUUUGUUGCAGCGUGUCUGAGGAAGGUCAACAAGAAAGCUUGUAAAACGAAGCUGGUCACAGGAGGAAUGCAGACCGGGAAACUAAAGAAUGCCUGUACAUCUCAGGUUGCUAGUAAAGAGCAGCACUUAAUUAAGAAUAAACAACAACCGCCUAAAGUCAUGUCGGCCCCUGACCCCGGCUGGCUCCCACGCCUCAGUGCGAGCAGCAGCAGUGAUUCCAGCUCUAGCAGCGAUGGCAGUGUCCUCGAUACAGUGCCAAAAACAAAGAAGCAGAAAAGUAAAGACUCUUGCCAAAAGGUUAAGACGAAGGUAACUCGUACUGCCUGUGGCAAGCAGAUAUCGCUGAUAAAAGAUUUGACAAAAGCCUCUUUGAAGACCUGCCAGCCUCCUCGUGCUGGGCAGUCCGCCAAAGCAGAAACCAAAGGCCUCCCAACAUACAAUAAUAAAGACUGGACCUUUGACAAGAUUACUUUAUCACCUCCAGAUUUGUCUGCCCUCUUAUCACCCAUGGUGUCUCCAGGAGUGUUGCUGGACUGGACUGCAGCCAGAUUUGAGCCCGGCCCAGUGCUGUCCCCUCUGACAGCCAGCCCGCUGCAUCCCAGGGAGGACACCAGGUCCAAUUUCAGAUACGCUGAGGAUUUGCCUGCUCAGCUGAUUAAUGUGCCUUACACCAACACAGCAAGUAAAUCUGCUGAAGAGGGAAAAAAAGAAAUUCCCCAAAAGGACAUUGUUCUGAAAAAUGCUGAGUCAUGGGCAAAACUGGUGAGGCAGUCAGUAACUACAACUGCUAUCAAGUCGUCCAAGGAGAGCUUCAAACAGUUCCGUAAGGUUGCUCAAAAAAAGGAAGAACUUGAAAAAGCCCUGAAGAAGAAACAGAUGGAAGACAACAAGGAGAGGGAGGCUCCUGAGAAGAGCAGCUUACCAGGCCCUUGUGAAGCAGACACUAAUCUACAGCCUAUUGGGGAGGGUCUUGAAUCACCCGAGAGCGUUUGUAGAGAAACUCUAGACGCUACUAAGGAUGUUGAGCUGCAAAAGGCUGCUGUAGAAACACAACCUCUAACCACACAGUCUGCGGUGGAUAUGAGGAGAGAGAUGGCCCGCAGGAAGGAGCAAGAACGACGCAGGCGAGAGGCUAUGUCUGGUAUAGACAUGUCUCUGCAGCGGGACAUCAUGACUUCAUUUGAGCUCGCCCUGGACUAAAGAAACUACUUGAAAAAGAUAUCCCUCUGUGCCAAACUGAGCAUCGUCUCAGUGAAUAACUCCAGCUGCUGCUUCUAGAAUAGAAAAAGAGAGUUAUUGUGAAAAAAAACAUUGAACAAAUAUUCAAUGGGCCCUGAAAUGUUGCACUGACACACUGCACUGUUGGAUUUGAGAGGAUUGGGGUGAUGCACUGUCAAACCUGAAGCUGAUCUUUUGUGCAAGUUUAUCUGUUCUUUUCUCCUUUGUGUGAAAGUUGUGUAUGACAAGCUAUUUCCUGCAUGCAUAUACUGUAGUUCAAUUGUCACAUUGUCUUGUUUGCUGAAAAAUGGCAGUGUUGUUAAGUUAUGUUUGUUAAAUUAUCCCAUCUGAUCAACCCUUACCACCAUCUUUCACUUCAUCCUGACUCAAAUAUACCAAGCGCAGACCGAACACUGUUAUAUGUUGAUGUUACAUGCACACGUGACUUUAUUUUCUUGCACAAAAGUACAUUUUGACCCAAGGUUGGUAGGUCCUUGUCAAUGUUUCCAAUGUGGAAUAGAAGUUAAUAAUCUCAGUUCCUUCGCUGUACUACUUGAAAAUGCCAUAUAUUGUGUUAACUGAACACACACUGCACUUUGUUGUUCAUACAGUUCUCACUGUUCCAAAGCUGCUUUUGGAGAUUAUCGACAUGUUCUAUAUGUUACAGUUUGUAUAAGCUAAAUAAACAAGAAAUUAUUUCUUCUUUUUUUUGGA